GGAAAAGAUGAUGGUUUUAGAAGGCAAAUUUGGUCAACAGCAGAAGGGCAUCAGCGGAAGGCAACGAUCACGGGACAAUAAUGACCAAAGUCAACAAACACCUGAUAAUACGAAACAGACAUCCGGGAGACGGGAAACUCAACCACCUGAACAUGAGAUACGGGAACCUGGCCAUCAUUAUGACUCAAGACGGAGUGAACAAGCGAAAAAUGAAAAUAUACCGGCAAUUGAAAAUAGUGAAAAAGCGCGUUCUUCUAAAUUUAGCGAUGAGUUUUCCAAGACUGUAAGAAGUAAGAGAGCAAGCAUCAAAAUGAGACAGAACAAUCCAGAUAUAGCUGAUUUAAGCGACACCAACAGACCAACAAGGAUAGCUGAGAGAUUUUCAGAACUGUACGACAACGAAUGGACUGAAGCUUUUGAAGAAUUAAGUCGGAGAAGUAGGAGUGAGAAGGAAACAAUAGAAUAUCUUUUAUCAAUUGUACAGGAAGCGUACAAGUUUUGUGCUAAUGAAGCAGAACGUCAAAUAAAAGACAUCACUAAAGUUUUCGAUAGAAUUCUCGAGUUCGGAUCAAACGAUUAUAACAACAAGGAACUAAUAUCCCAGUCAAACGUGCGAAGUGAAGAAGGUCAUCGCCUAAUCGUGCAGUACCGUAAGGAAAUGGCUGGACUAGCUGUCGAACGGUUUAAACAGGUUUUUAUGGAAAGUAAAAAACAUAAAUGGAACAGGAACAUUAGAUUACCAGCACAUCUUGGUGCCUUGGAUCUAUAUGGGAAAAAAGCUGUAGAGUUAACCUGGUGGAUGUCUGUCCAAGAUCCACCCGUAUAUUUAUGUCCAGCGUCCGAAAGUGAAACAGAUGGAUUUGAUAAAAGUCUAUACAGGGCCUACACGAAGUCUGGCACUGAAGUAGACUUCUUUGUUUGGCCAGCAUUGAAACUCUAUAAAGAAGGUGGAGUGUUGAUGAAAGGUGUUGUUCAGUUUAAAUGAAUUCAAUUACUAUUACUAAGUACCUUUAUUCCGUAGGUGACACUUGCAAAUAUACUGCAUACACUGUAAGUCUUUUGUCACGAAGACAGCAUUGUUGUCACUUGUUAUACUCUUAGGGACUUUGUAUUCUCAGAAACUUCCUAUCCAGCUUAAUUGAUAAUAUAUUUUCAGAAAUCGUGCAUUAUAGUAUUCAAUUUUUUGACAUUUAACAAAAACAAUUAAGUGUCAAUGUAAGACUGCUUUCAAACGUGCGAUGUCUUAGUUCAAUAUGCUUCAAUAUAUAUUACUGUUAUAUUAAUAUUAUAACAUGUGUUUUACUGCUCAUGAACAGGCUCAGUCAAACCGAGUCAGCAAUUUUCACUGUUUGCCUUGUUCUCGGUGCUUCCGAGGGAUCUACUUUCCAGAUUUUAUUCAUAAUGCAGAGGUCUGUCCAUGAAAACACACAUCGUAAGAAGAAACGCUGUGUUGAACAGGGUAUUACGAGAAAAAUGUGAAAGCUUGCCUGUCAAGAAUAUAUCAUGGUUAUAUAAUAAUGCAUGAGCUGGUGUGAUCAUAAUGUGAACUAUAUAUUAUCCCCAUGUAUUAACCAUUACAUUUUGUGUUCGUUGCAUUCUUUUAAAAUGGCAAAGAUUUAUUUAAACAAUAGCCUAAAUCAUUGCCUGUAAUAUGUCCGUCAGUAGAAUUAAUAUCUCUUGCUAUAAUAAUCCGCACUGAUUUUGUUGAAACUGUGCUUCUCUAAAAGUAAGGAAAAACUAUAUGGAAUUAAUUUGCCGUGUGUUUUCCGGGAUGGCACUUUGUCUGACAGUCCGUCUUCCAACUCAACUCUGCUGACAAGUUCUUCUAUAAGAGAUGAGCAUCCUGUUGGGUCUUGUUGAAGCGAAGGAGAAGGCUGUUAUCAGCAGAUGUCUGGUCAAGUUACUAAGUCUGGCAAGUCAUUAAUGUAGUCGAGGAAUAACAGAGGUAUUAAGAACGUCCUCUAGUUCCCUCUAAAACCACGUGCACAUCUGAUGAUAUUUACCUUAAACAAAUACGUUUACGUUCAGCCAGGAAGGGGCCCAUUCAUUUGAAUGUGUUACCUUCCGCACAGUAAUAUCGUAGUUAGCAGAGCAAUCGAUCGUUGACGGGGGACCAUAACAAAGCCUUUGCAAAAUCUAGAGGAAUGUUUUUUAUAAAUCUGGUAUAAUAAUAAUAAUAAUAAUAAUAAAAAAAUUUAAAACAAUAAAAGGACUAUAACCUUGCAGUUAUUGAAGUGAUCC